GACGUCAUUCGACGGCGCCGGCUCCGCCCCUAGUCCAGGCUACGGGCAGGAACGCUUGCAGUUGGUCUACGAGAACUACGCUGAAUGAGCGGCGCCGGUCUGACCGGCGGCCAACUACUCUGCAGUAUCAGGUGGUGCCCGCCAAAAUGUCUCACUUGGAGAGCAUGGUGCUCUGUCGAGAGGCCCAAGUGUCCACUUUGCAGUCCCUGUUUGGAGAGAGAGAGCACUUCAGCUUUCCGUCCAUCUUCAUUUAUGGACACACUGCCAGUGGGAAGACCUAUGUGACACAGACAUUGUUGAAAACUUUAGAGCUCCCACAUGCCUUUGUGAAUUGUGUUGAAUGUUUUACUUCAAGGCUACUUUUGGAACAAAUUUUAAACAAGCUGAGUCAUCUUAGUUCUUCAGAGGCAGAGUGUUCUACAGAAACGACUUGUGAAACAUUUAAUGACUUUGUCCGGUUGUUUAAGCAAGUGACCAGUGCUGAACAUCUCAAGGAUCAGACUGUGUAUAUUGUUCUGGAUAAAGCUGACUAUCUGAGAGACAUGGAAGCAAAUCUCUUGCCUGGGUUUCUUAGGCUGCAAGAGUUGACUGACAGAAACGUGACUGUUAUCUUCCUCAGUGAGAUUAUUUGGGAAAAAUUUCGUCCAAACACUGGAUGCUUCGAGCCAUUUGUCUUACACUUCCCUGACUACAGCAUAGGGAACCUUCAAAAGAUCCUGUCCCACGAUCAUCCUCCAGGGUAUUCAGCUGACUUUUACUCUGCCUACAUUAAUAUUCUCCUUGGAGUUUUCUACACUGUCUGUCGAGAUCUGAAAGAGCUCAGACACCUGGCAGUGCUUAAUUUCCCCAAAUAUUGUGAGCCUGUAGUUAAAGGAGAAGCAGGUGAGCGUGAUACUCGCAAACUGUGGAGAAAUAUUGAACCUCACUUGAAGAAGGCCAUGCAGACGGUGUAUCUGAGGGAGGUCUCAAGUUCGCAGUGGGAAACAUUACAGAAAGAUGCCACAGACCUGGGACAGCUGAAAGGGCUCUCGGCGUACACCCAUGUGGAGCUUCCAUAUUACUCCAAGUUUAUUCUUAUUGCUGCGUACCUUGCCUCUUACAACCCCGCGAGAACGGACAGGAGGUUCUUCCUAAAGCAUCAUGGAAAAAUCAAGAAAACUAACUUUCUAAAGAAACAUGAGAAGACAAGCAAUCAUCUUCUUGGACCAAAGCCAUUUCCAUUGGACAGAUUAUUAGCAAUAUUAUAUAGUAUAGUGGACAGCAGAGUGGCUCCAACUGCAAACAUCUUCUCCCAGGUAUUUGUAAGUGUCUGCUUCACUUCAAACACUGCAUUGGAUAAAGACAAUCUAAGAGGACCCGACUGUGUCUGUAGCUUCCUUCUCUUCUGUGGAGACGUUUGUAAUUAUUCUGAGAACAGAACAGCACUGAAGAACAUAGCACGCACAUGCUCAGAGUCUGAGUACUGGGUCAGUUUAAAGAUUACCUCCCUAGUGACUCUUCAGCUGUUAACCGUAGUUGGUCAUGAAGAUCAACUUAAUGGACCAAAAUACAAAUGCACAGUUUCUCUAGAUUUCAUCAGAUCUAUUGCGCGGACGGUGAACUUUGACAUAAUAAAAUACUUGUAUGAUUUCUUGUGAAAACAAGCUUCAAAGCCAUAUGGACACUGUGACAAUGACUAAGCCAAGCUGUGUUCAUCCAACUACUCGGCUGGCCAGGGAAAGGAGUUCUUUGGCUCUAUUGGAUUUGUCCAAACAGGUGCUGGCCCAGCAUGGAGCCUGAUGAAAACCCUCUGAUUGGUCUGGGUAGAUGUGAGCAGAAGACUAUUUACCAGGGGCCCGGGAGUAUUUGGAAGCAACGUGUUAAUUAUAAACAGCAGGGUUUGAGCACAAUCUGUUCUACUCUUAAUGAUGUUAUCUUAACACUGAAAUUGCCUGAAACCCAUUUACUUAGGACUGUGCUUUGCUCUAUGAACUAUCCCCUGCACUUUGAACAUGCCAGCAGCCCUUGUUUGUUUGCCCAGCCUUUUCACUUCCUCUCCACGGGAGCCGCUGCCAGCUCUUGCCAGAGCAGAUUUCCUAAGGCCACUGUUUUAGAAGAUCAUGGUUGCUAAAGUAUGCGCUGUAUAUGCUUAUGGUUUACCCUGGUUUUCCCAAACACAAGGCAGCUUGUUCAUUGUACACACAACAGCUUCAUGUCUGACUCUGCUUGCUGCCCUGACAGUACUGGUCACUCUCGUUAACCACCAAUGGCUUUUUAGAGAAUGUUGUUUUCCUUCCUUUUUGCUUUUGAGUCGCUGAGGUUUGAGAGCCCCACAAUAAAAUUCUUCCUUUUACAUUGUA